UGAGCUUCCGUUGUCUGUAGCUGGAGCGCCGGAGUAAGAGCAGGAUCAGCUGAACCUCAGAAGAAAUGAAAAUAUUCUCCUGAAAUUCAUCACCAACAACCAGGAUAUUUAACUAAGAGCAAUGUUAAACUGCUGAAGGAAGUGAAGCACAAGCCGUCCUGAAGAAUCUCCAGAACACACAGAAAUUGUUUGCUACAUUUAAAAGGCAAAUGAAGCCAAUUCCCGACAUGGAGAAACAUCAGCACUCUGCCAAGUGUUUUACUAAACAGAGUAAUCUCAAAAAACACCAACGCAUUCACACAGGAGAGAACCCAUAUCACUGCUCAGACUGUGGGAAGAGUUUUAUUCAUCAGAGUCAUUUAAAAAUACACCAGCGCAUUCACACAGGAGAGAAACCGUAUCACUGCUCAGACUGUGGGAAGAGUUUUACUCAACAGAGUAAUCUCAAAAAACACCAGCGCAUUCACACAGGACAGAAACCGUAUCACUGCUCAGACUGUGGGAAGAGUUUUACUAUACAGAGUAAUCUCAAAAUACACCAGCGCAUUCACACAGGAGAGAAACUGUAUUACUGCUCAGACUGUGGGAACAGUUUUACUGCACCGAGUACUCUCAAAAUACACCAGCGCAUUCACACAGGAGAGAAACCGUAUCACUGCUCAGACUGUGGGAACAGUUUUAAUCAACAGAGUAGUCUCAAAAAACACCAGCGCAUUCACACAGGAGAGAAACCAUAUCACUGCUCAGACUGUGGGAAGAGUUUUACUAUACAGAGUAAUCUCAAACUGCACCAGCGCAUUCACACCGGAGAAAAACAGUAUUACUGCUCAGACUGUGGGAAAAGUUUUACUGCACCGAGUACUCUCAAAAUACACCAGCGCAUUCACACAGGAGAGAAACCUUAUUAUUGCUCAGACUGUGGGCAGAGUUUUAGUCAACAAAAUACUCUCAAACUGCAUCAGCGCAUUCACACUGGAGAGAAACCGUAUCACUGCUCAGACUGCAAGAGGAGUUUUACUACACAGCGUAAUCUCAAAAAUCACCAGCGCAUUCACACAGGAGAGAAACCGUAUCACUGCUCAGACUGCAGGAGGAGUUUUACUACACAGCGUAAUCUCAAAAAUCACCAGCGCAUUCACACAGGAGAGAAAACUAUUCCAAAUUUAAAUCCCAAGGCAAUUAAAAGUGCGUAAAUCUUUCAGACAGAACACCUUAUCCUACAAAAAAUGUUUCACUUUGUCACUUUGGACACGUUCCACCAGAAACAAACAUGAACUGAAUUUAACAAUGGAUUUUACAGGUUCAGCAAAAUUAAUCGUAUUCAGGGAUGAUGUUUAUUGAAUUUCAUGUUAUGUUUUCUCGUAUGUUUGAUAUUCCAGGACAUUCUUUGUGGGACAGAGAUCAGUUUUUAGGGUAGUUACAGUAGGAGUUUAGUUCUGAAGAAGGGAAGGUUGUUUAAGUUCAAAUGACGGCACUGCCAGUGCUUGCACCAGAUAUUAGAUUAGCAUAGCAUAACUUAGUCUUUAAAAUGUAGAUGUCAUAGUUGUUAGGAGUAGAGUAGGAUUUGUAGUUUGCAACUAAACAUUAAAAGCUUAUGAUUUUAAUGCUUUUAAUCUCCUUUCUAGUAUAUGCAGAUUAGAUUAUUUCUAUGCAGAUUAGAUUAUUUCUAUUCAUUCUAGCAUCUCUGUUUUCACUCUGUGGACUUAGUUGUGCCGUCCUUAGUUCCCCAAGCUUAGCAUAGCAUAGCUUAAUGCUAUUAACCGCUAGGCCCAUCUGUAUGAAAGAAGUGAAAACACCACCUGAGGAACUCCCAGAGAGAGUGCUUCCAAAAGAGAGACCCAGAGUAACAGAGAGAGGCGACACUGUGCCGGGUACUGCCGUGUGGACCGGAGGAGCAUCCAGACCCACAAAAGGCCAACGAAAUCCUUUCCAGAAGUUAAAUAAAACGCUCCAGCCGUAGCUCUCAUACUGAAAUCAACCCACUCCAAGCUUGUGUAGCGCAGUAAGGUAGCAGGCUCAUUCCAUGGGCGUGGUAGUGGGGGAAAAAGUGGACCUGAAUACCCAGGGCCAGAGUAGGGAGAGGGGUCCAUGAGAAUCCUUUUCUUAAGUCCUGGCCUGGAGAGGGGCCCACUGAUAUUGAAAGUGUACAGGGCCCAGAAUUUGCUGCUACGCCCCUGGCUCAUUCACUCCCUCUGCUGCUGUUCUCGUUUGUCUAUGGUUCAGUCCGAUUAAAAAUCUGUUACCAUAGAGGGAUAUUUGGUUGUUGUAUUACUCAAGUUUUAUACUCUCUUAUCUUUUCCUUAUUGAAUAUUAUAUGUUGCUUAAGGUUUUUUAAUCUCCAAAUUUACUAAGAAUAUCCAAAUCAUGUAGUUUCUUAAUAGUUUUUAUCCACUACAAACUAUUAUCUUUUUAUUGCUUCACCUCUAUAUUUACUCAUCUGUGUUUUAAUAAAUGGAUUUUAUAUUGCA